AUGUCCUCGAAUUGCCGUGCCUGCGGCAGACGUGGUCACUGGAAAGCUGAAUGCCCGUACAGAACUGGAUCAAAUCGAUCAGUUGGUUCAUCAGCCGCCAGCACUGCACCCACCACCACCGUGGUGACGGAGGGGAAUGCCGUUGCUGCCAGUCAGAGUUUGCCCAUGGAGUUCAUGCAGCUGCCCGAAGUGAAUGAGUCCGCCAUUGAUGAGGACGCCAGUGCCAUGACAAAGGGUCGGAUGACUGAUAGUGAGAGAACAGAGUUAGGAUCCGUAGAAGCCAGCCGAGACCAGAACCGUCUGUCCGGCACCACUGUCAGUUCCAGCACAGAAAAACCAGGUAUUUCAGAUACAAUCAAUCUGUCUGCAGCCGUGCUUUUUGCCACACAUAGCUCCCUCGGAGUGCUGGAUCUGGGGGCAACCAAGACGGUCAUAGGCAGUGAACAUGCCAACAUCGAUUGCCACAACCAGAGGCUGUCAAGCCCAUGGUUCAAGAAUCCAGUGCCACUUCAGUUGACCAACAAAGGACUCUUUCUCGUUGAUUUGAAUGACAUGCUUCAAGCGGCCGACAGUACCAAUCCAAAGUCCUCCAAAGUGUCUGCGAAGACCGGCACUUGUCAUGAGACUUUUGCAUCCGAGGAAACAGAUCCUGUGAACGCACCGAGUCUUGCAGUCAUGUCGAUGAGCCAGCGUUUGAGCAAGCUGUACCAGGAAGUGACCGUGAAAGGGGAGGACCUGUCACACCUAACACUGGAGGAGCUCUCAGCCGAGAAGAUCAAGUUUGGGGAGAAACAUCAAGGAGCCACCAUGGAACAUGUCUGGCGAACCGACCCCGAAUGGAUCCGGUUCAUGGUGAAUCGAUACGAAACCAGUGUCAAGCCAGAACAUCAACGUCUCAUGAAGUUCGUGGAAUUGAAACUGAAAUAUCACGAGGAGAAUCAGCUCCCAGUGAGAGUUCCCAAGGCCAAGAGCACGGCAGCUCCAAUGACCAGCCGCCGUCAGCCCAAGUGCAAGGCAGCGCCUCGCACUCCAAUCGAGGUGGACGAGGCCGAGAUCUCAGACCUCCAACUCAUCGAGAGCGAUGCCACAUGGGAAAACAUGUCACAUAGAGACGUCCAACCCGGAGACUAUGCCCCUGACGGAUCUGAACCAGCAGCAUGCGGAGGAGUUUCAAGCUCUGCAGACGCGCAUGCUCAAUAUGGAGAAUGCCCUGAGCCGAGUGAUCCGACACUUGGAGGAUCAGGCGAACGACUCCAUCCAGGAGAAUUGAUGUGUCAAGAUGAAGAUCAGGUGUAUCUGACCAUGAAUGCUGACAUGAAAAAGUUUCACAGAUUGGUUCAGCAAUUUCAAGAGGAAUUAGAUGUUCAAGUUGCCACCAUGUCACCAAUGGGUACCCGCAUAACCCUGGCUGAAGUGUUUUGCAGUGAUGACUCCCCCUUGACACAUCAAGUAAAGGCCCAGGGCGGCAGCUGUUUUCGAUUUGGAUUGUCGCAAGGAGAUCUUGCGCAGGCAGAUGGCCGUGCCAAAUUGUUUAAGCAGCUAGCAGUGCGUCGUCCCCGAAACAUUUGGUAUAGCCCAGACUGCGGACCUUGGUCAUCAUGGUCGUAUCUCAAUUCCUCGAAGUCCAUGGAAUCCCAGGAAAAAUACCAGGAGUUAAGACAUAACCUGAUGUAUCAACUUGCCCUCGGAAUUGUGCUGUUUCGCCACCAGGUGUCUCAAGGAAUGCACUUCCACUGGGAACAACCGGCCAGAUCCCUCAUGCUGCAAUUUCCAGGAAUGGCCGAAGUGUAUCAGUAUACGCAGACAUGCCAAUUUGACAUGUGCAAUGCUGGAGACCUCAAGGAUCCAUCAAAUGGAAUGCCAAUGGAAAAGGGGAUGAAUGUAGUUACUACUUCAAAGACAAUAUACCUAUUACUACAUGGGAGAGUUUGUCGGGGUAACCAUUCUCACCAAUCAAUAGCAGGGUCUUUCACAACACCUCAGGGAACAGUUUUGCGCAGUCGAUACACCGAAGUGUAUCCCCGAAAGUUUGCAAGAGAGGUAGCCAGAGCCAUGAUGCACAACCACCGUGACAGGCCGUUCAAUUGGCAAGUAGCCUUUUCCCACAUGUGUCAAGAGACUGAUGCCGAAAUCCAUGUUCUUACCAAGUUCCGACAGAAAACCAAGUUUGUCAGAUCCGAAUUGAUCACACCAUCCUCCAGGGAUGACCAUGUCAAACGUCGACGGUUGGGAAAACAAAGCGAGGACCACCACCUUGAAGAUUAUCAGAACCUCAUGACCGAAAUCAAUCAGAUCAUUCCCAGGGUUGGUAAGAGUGUUAUACAAGAACCUAAUAUCUUGGAGAAACUUCAGCAAAUGUUUCAUGACCAAAAGAUCAUUCAUGUGAUUGCCUGUCGAGGAACCGACCGAACCCUAGGUCCACCAAAGGGGAUGCAUCCAGAGGAAGCACCUCUCCGGAAAAGUUUAUCCUUGAAAGGGGAACAGGAACAAUCAAGUAUGAAAAGGACUGGGAAAAAUGGGUUCACCUUGCCAACCGCCAGUUGA